AUGUGCCCUAGAAUUUCACGAAUCUUGAAUUUGGCUUACUUGAAUCUCGUUCCAAGCUUAAACUUAAACCCUUUUAGCAUAGCUACUCUCUUUUACGAGCCUUCAACAAGAACCAGGAUUUCAUUUGAGUCAGCAAUAAAGCGCUUAGGUGGCGAAGUUUUAACAACAGAAAAUGCACGCGAAUUCUCUUCUGCUGCAAAGGGAGAAACACUUGAAGAUUCAGAUUCUAUUAGAACUGUGGAAGGGUAUUCGGAUAUAAUUGUAAUGAGGCAUUUUGAAAGUGGUGCUGCCAGAAGAGUAGCGAUGACAGCUAACAUUCCUGUUAUCAAUGUUAGGGAUGGUCCAGGUCAGCAUCCUUCUCAGGCUCUUCUUGAUGUGUACACGAUUGAAAGAGAGAUAGGAAAGCUGGAUGGAAUCAAAGUCGCACUUGUUGGGGAUCUUGCAAAUGGGCGAACAGUUCGCUCUCUUGCAUAUCUUUUAGCCAAAUACAAUGAUGUCAAGAUCUACUUUGUCUCUCCGGAAGUUGUAAAGAUGAAGGUGGACAUCAAAGAGUACUUAACAUUAAAGGGAGUUGAAUGGGAAGAAAGUGUUGAUUUGAAGGAAGUGGCAUCGAAAUGUGAUGUGGUGUAUCAGACUCGCAUCCAGAAGGAACAUUUUGGAGAGAGAAGCGAUAUUUAUGAGGAAGCUCGUGGGAAAUACAUUAUUGAUAGAGAUGUAUUGGGUGUCAUGCAGAAACAUGCCAUUGUCAUGCAUCCUCUCCUUAGGCUUGAUGAUAUAACAGUGGAUGUAGAUGGGGACCCAAGGGCUGCUUAUUGUAGACAAGCUAAAAAUGGACUCUACAUUAGAAUGGCUUUGCUCAAGCUCUUACUUUUAAAUGUUGGUUUGGGUUGUUUGAUGAUACUUGAGUGUUUGUUGACUGCAGAUUCUGAUUCUAGCAGUGCUUCUGAAAAGGAGAAAAAGAGACCUACAGAAGCCAAGGCAGCUGAAGAUGCUCGGAGGCGAGUAGAGGCGGAAGCUGCUGCAGAAGCAAAACGGAAAAGAGACCUGGAAAGGGAAGCAGCCAGACAAGCAUUAUUGAAGUUUGAAGUUGAACUUUGUGAUAACUGUGUAGUGAGUGUUAAUGUGUUAUCUGGUUAUUGCUAUUACCGAUUCAAUCAGCUCCAGUAA